UUUAUUAUUACAUCAUAAGUGCCACAUUGAUACAUCAGAUAGUGUAUUGUGACAUCACAAUGGCUGAUCCGGAUAACAUAGAUGUGGAAGAUCCUCGCAUCCAGAAUCGAUUGGAGGAAGUGAAGGAGGAUAUUCGGAAGGAGAUCAGGAAGGAACUUCGGGUGAAGGAAGGGAUUGAAAACAUGAAAAAGGCCACAACCGAUAAGAAACAGCUCUCCUCGAUGGAAAAUAUGCUCCGGAUAUCGAACAGACAACUAGAGGAUUUACACCAGGAGCUGAGGGAGUUGGAUGCUGCACAGAUCACGAGGUCGAUCAGCGAUAAUUUGGAUGAUUAUAAAUCCUCGGGAGACUCUGCAAUUCCCCCUAGUGUUGAAUCGAGCAGUCAGGAAGACCCGAGGAUCGCAGGGUUGGAGAAACAACUACGGAUCGAGAUGAUGGUGAAACAGGGGGCCGAGAAUAUGAUGAAGUCUUAUACAUCGGGGCAUAGCAAGGAUCGUAAAUUAAUCGCGACGGCCGAACAAAUGUUGGGUGAGAGUCGUACAAAGAUUGAAGUGAUCAGGAUGCAAAUCCUACAGUUAAAGACACACAACGCAACAGCUACUUCGAAAACUAACAACGAUAAUUCAACCCACAAGAAACAAGAUAAUGAAGCAGUGGACGGGAACAACCCCCUUCCUGUAAGAGUAGCGUUAUUGCGCCACCAUGUGACAAUAGAGUCGGCUAUCGUUGAAGGAUCAAAGAACGUCGUUCUUAUGUCGGCUGCGGGGAAGCAGGCCGAUAAGAAGGCACUGCAAGAGGCCCAAGAGAAACUACAAGAAUCUGCCCACAAGCUCGACCUCCUCAAGCUUUCCCUUGAGCUUCGUUCCAUCGAACUCCCUCCUGGCUCCAACGAGAAGAAAGAGUUGGAAGCCGAACUAAGCCUAUUAUCCCCGACCCACUAUCGGCAAUCAUCCGACCAUAAAGAGGACACUAACCAUGUCAAGAGGUUUUCUACAGUACCAAAACCUGCAGAAUUAACAGGUAAACUUGAAGUCCGCAUAAUUGGUUGCCAAGAGUUAUUGGAGAAUGUACCCGGUCGUUCACGCAACGUAUCCGUACAACUCCCCGCAAGUAGCCCCGAGAACCGAGCAGCGUGGAUAAGGGGGGCAAGUAAAAGCUUCCACGGAAAGACGAGCAACAAGUAUAAUGUUAAACCAGAUGAUUUAUCAAAUGAAGUAUCAGCCGUAUUGAAACUCGACAAUGUUGUGAUCGGUCAAACUUUAUGGAGGAAUGCGGGACAACAGUGUUGGAAUCAACAGUUUAUAUCGGAGUUGGAAAGGGCGAGGGAGCUAGAGAUCUCCGUAUAUUACAAGGAUUGGCGAGCCAUGUGCGGGGUUAAGUUUCUACGUUUAGCGGAUUUUCUUGAUAAUCGUCGACACGCGAUGGCGCUACAACUUGAACCCAGUGGGGUUCUCUUCGCUGAGGUGACAUUCAGCAACCCUCGUAUUGAAAGGAAACCAAAACUUCAACGACAGAAAAAAAUCUUCAGGAAUAAAGGCAAAAGCUUCCUUCGAGCGAAACAAAUGAACAUAAAUAUUGCCACUUGGGGGCGAUUGAUGAAACGAGCGAUCCCCCCGUGCAACGAACCCUCCACCUUUAUUCCCCCUAGUGGUGGGACAAGGUCGUCGCCCAAGAUGAAACAACGACCAGCGUCGCAGGAUUUUGACCACGUGGUGGAGCCGAGCGCGCAAACACGGAGACCGGGGACACAGAAAAUGAGGAGGGCGUCGGAAGAUGACAUUAAAGUUGAUAAGUCUCAAAUACCAACAUCCAGAUCCUCAUAUAAACAAGCUGUUAAAACCGACAGUUUAAACGAAUUACUUCACAACACAACACUGGACAAACCGAAACCAGCUCCUCGUAAAAACAAGGAAUCCUUCAUACAAUGGAACCAACCAACCGCGUCAUCACCCCCCAAGCCUGCUCGGCGGAGUGGAACACCUCAACCGACCAAUGAGAAACGGUCGAUACAGAUGAGCGACUUCCGUCCCAUCGCCGUUUUAGGCCGAGGUCAUUUUGGCAAAGUUUUGCUGACUCAGCAUAAAAAGACGUCGAACAUGUACGCGAUAAAAGCGUUGAAGAAAGGAGAUAUCAUCGCUCGUGACGAGAUCGACAGCUUAAUGGUUGAGCGUCGUAUAUUCGAGUGCGCCACCAAAGUGAAACAUCCGUUUCUCGUCAACUUAUUCGCGUGCUUCCAAACACCCGAGCACGUUUGUUUUGUUACCGAGUACGCCAGUGGAGGGGAUCUUAUGUUACAUAUACAUACUGAUGUGUUUAAUGAACCGCGCACAGUUUUCUACACAAGCUGUGUUGUUCUCGGUCUCCAAUACCUCCAUGAUAACAAGAUUGUUUAUCGUGAUCUUAAACUGGAUAAUUUGUUACUGGAUAAAGACGGCUAUCUGAAGAUUGCUGACUUUGGGUUGUGCAAGGAGGGGAUGGGGUUUGGUGAUCGAACGGGUACAUUCUGCGGAACCCCUGAGUUUCUUGCACCCGAGGUUUUGACGGACACCUCGUAUACAAGGGCAGUUGAUUGGUGGGGGUUGGGGGUGCUUAUAUUUGAAAUGUUGGUUGGGGAGUCCCCCUUCCCCGGCGAUGAUGAAGAGGAAGUAUUCGACUCGAUUGUCAACGACGAAGUUCGUUAUCCUCGCUUCUUAUCCACGGAUGCCAUUUCUAUCAUGAGGAGGUUGUUGAGGAGGAACCCCGAGCGGAGGUUGGGAGCUGGGGAGAAAGAUGCCGAGGAUGUGAAGCGCCAACCUUUCUUUAAGCGAAUGAAUUGGGACUUGUUGUUCCAGAAGAAGAUUGUUCCUCAGUUUGUACCAACCAUUCGCUCGGCUACGGACGUAAGCAACUUUGACGAGGAGUUCACGACCGAGAAACCCAUCCUCACCCCCCCACAUGAAAACCCCCGCCACCUUUCAAGGGAGGAACAAAAACAAUUUUCAAAUUUCGAUUAUUUUGCUGAUUGGCCGUGAAAGAACCAAUCAGGAGCCAGGGAUUCUUGAAGCAAUGAACCGGAAAAAUCGCCAAAGUUUUCGGAUUUCGGGACCAACUUAUUUUUACGUCAACUUUGAUAAACACUGAAGUUUGAAGAGACUUUGGUUUGUAUGGCCAUAUGUGACUUACCUAGUGCAUUCCACCUCAAGUAUGCAGAAGAUGUUUCUGGGACCAAAUAACCAGGGGGGGAAACUUAUUGGGGAAUAUACUUUGGUUUAAUUAUAACAUUCACCAUAUAACAUGUAGGGUAAAUAGUAAUAUAUAUAUAUAUAUGUUUACUGAUUAACACAGUGUAGAAAAUCAAGGGUUGGCACGCCCACCCUGCCACCCCAGGUUUGGCGCCUAUGGUAUAAACAUGGGUAAAAUACCUUUGUUUAAUGCAAUAAUAUGUAAUGGUGUGCCAGGAUAAGUACUUGGUAUAGUUUGCCACCUCUGCUAUAAAUAACUAUGGUUGAAUUUAAACGAUCGGAAAAACGUUACGCUGAUACAAAAGUGAAACAGACAUAGAUAUCUUAUAAAUUUUGUUGUAAAUUUUUGCAGUGUCAUUAUACAGCCGUACUUAUAUGACGCAGCAAGUGUGACUCAGCAUUUUUAUGAAACAUUCUUUGCUUAGUCAUACAACAUAUAUACCAUGUUAGGAUUUUCGUUUAUUUAGAAAAAUAUAUUUUUGUGUCACAUUGUGCCUUAGAAGAUGUUGCUGCCCGGGCUUAUUGGGGCGAACUAAAACUUUUAUGGGAAAUUUAUCUUGCGUAGCGACAUUUUGACACCUUUGCUUUAUCAGGGUGAAUAACACUUAACAAACAGAAGGACUUUAUUAUUAAAUUAGGUGUGUUAACAAAUGUUAUAUCUUAUUUUUUUACCCUGAUAAUGACAAAUAUGAUAUUGUGACUUUUAUUAUAGUAAAUAACAGACACAGAGACCUGCAUUAAUAUUGAGUUUUGGUUUUGGUUACAAUAUAAUACUUUGUGUUAUUUAUCCUGGUAAAGCUGCAUUGAUAUAACGUCGUUAUCAAUAUAAAUUACCCGUAACUUUCCGUUACAAGUUUGCCAUCGGCAGUUUAGCUUGAUUAUUCUACGGCAAUCAUAGAAAUAACAUUGUGCAAACGUUCGUUAAGUUUCAAAUAUUCCACGAUGACUUUUAUCGAGUAUAUUGUACGGACCUAUUGUGGCUGCUUUUACACAAUGCCCAUUGUGUACGACUAAUGAACAAUAAAAACUAAAUCGAGAAUCAUG